CAGAAACCCCUGAGGGAGGAGAAAGACGGCGAAGGAGCUCGUCAAAGUAGAAUAGAGCUAGAGAGUUCUGAUUUUCUCAGACAAGACUAAACAGUGGUGACAAUCACCAAACCACACUGACAUAUUCUCAGGAUGGAGAUGAUGGUGUGUCCGAUGGGCAGCAGCAGGCUCUUUGGUACCCUGGCCCAGCAGGACUACUACUCAGAGCACCAGGACUCGGACCAGGACCCAGAGGGCCUGGAGCAGGCCAACCCAGACCAGCUGCUCAGAGACUGUGUGGAAGCCCUCCAGAACCGGCCGGCCUGGCCACACAGGUACCUGGUCUACCUUGCAAACCCAACACACCAGCACCAAUACAGGAACCAUGAGCAGCAGAACACAUCAUCCAUACAGGUCAUGAUGUGGAACAUCCUAGCUCAAGCCAUGGGGGGCGAAGAUGGCUUUGCGCAUUGUCCUCUGGAAGCUCUGAUCUGGGCUGAGAGGAAGUACCUGGAGCAGAUCCUCAGUUACCGCCCGGACAUCCUGUGUCUUCAGGAAGUGGACCACUACUACGACACCUUCCAGCCCAUCCUGGCCAGCCCGGGCUACCAAAGCUCCUUCCUGCCCAAGCCCUGGUCCCCCUGCCUGGAUGUGGCCAGCAACAACGGCCCUGAUAGCUGUGCUCUCUUCUACCGCCGCUCAUGCUUCAGCCUUCUCCACACCUCCCACCUGCAUCUCUCCUCCAUGAUGCUGCCUACCAAUCAGGUGGCCGUCGUGCAAACGCUGUGUUGCCGGGCGACAGGCCAGAGGCUGUGCAUGGCCGUGACCCACCUGAAGGCGAGGAGCGGCUGGGAGCGGCUGGGAGAGGCUGAGGGGUGCCCGGGGGUGGCUGACUUGCUGCAGAGCCUGACGGCUAUCACCUCGCAGCCGGCUGGCUCAGAUCCCAGCGUCGUCUGGGACGGAGGGCACUGCAGCUCCAGUUUGAAGACUAGCUUCCUGGUACUAGGCGCCCAACUGAGGCCAGUCAAGCUCUCCUACUCUGUAUGGUCCAAACAGCUCCACUGCCCAGUGAGAGAAGGAUGGAAGUGA